GGUUUGGCUUCGUAACUUUUGAAAACGAAGACGUGGUGGAAAAAGUCUGUGAAAUUCAUUUCCACGAAAUCAAUAAUAAAAUGGUAGAAUGUAAGAAAGCACAACCUAAAGAAGUGAUGUUUCCACCAGGGACGAGAGGAAGGGCACGUGGAUUACCGUAUACCAUGGACGCUUUUAUGCUAGGGAUGGGAAUGUUGGGUUACCCGAAUUUUGUUGCAACGUAUGGCCGAGGAUAUCCUGGAUUUGCCCCAAGUUACAGCUAUCAGUUCCCAG